AAGGAUCAAACCUAGGUCGUCAGGACCCAUGCAUGUGUCUAUAUGAGUUCCUCUGGGUACUACAGUUACCUUCUACCUACCUAUCUAAGUAUUUUAAUCACCGAUGAUUUAACACCAAAACUUAUAAUAAUAACAAUAAUUAUUAUUAUUCAUCCAGAUUAGGAAAGCAGUGGUCACAUGAUUUUACACGCUCAGACCCAUUUACUCUUACUUACAUCUAGUGACAUUUAUACUGCCCAUUAACCCUGCAGGUUUGUGAAAGGUCUCGUAGUGGGUAGCACUGCCAGCAAGAAGGUCCUCGGUUCGAUCCCCAGGUGGGGCGGUCCGGGUCCUUUCAGUGUGGAAUUUGCAUGUUCUCCCCGUGUACGUGUGGGUUUCCUCUGGGUGCUCCGGUUUCCUCCCACAGUCCAAAGACAUGCAAGUGAGGUGAAUUGAACAUACCAAAUUGUCCAUGACUGUUUAACAUCAAAACUUGUGAACUGAUGAAUCUUGUGUAAUGACUAACUACCGUUUCUGUCAUGAAUGUAACCAAUGUGUGUAAAACAUGACGUUAAAAUCCUAAUAAACAAAUAAAUAAGAAAACCAAAAUAUGGUCACCAUACUUUAGUUAUGAGUGUGUGAUUGAGUGUGUUUGGCCUGUGAUGGAACGAUUCCUACCUCUCGCCCAGUUAUUGAGCCCACCGCGACCCUGACCAGGAUAAAAAAAAAAAAAAAAAAAAAAAAAAAAAAAAAAAAAAAAAAAAAACCAGACCUGGUAAAAGAGACAAUGAAUGAAUGGAUCUGUAAGGGAAAUGUGCUGCAGAAAAGAGGUCGCAGUACCAUGUGCAAUAGUUGCGGUGUUUGUGACCACACUAUUUUUUAUUAGCGUUAGACAUGACGUCACUCCAAAACAUGUGGAGAGGAAGGCGGCCGCAGUGGAUUGUGGGACAGGCGGGGAUGUUUCCAUCAUGGCGGCAUCGAUUUCGGGUUACACUUUUAGUUCUGUGUGUUAUCACAGCGCUAACAGCAACUCCGAUCAUGAGGGAUUCUUAUUGGGAGAAGUGAGACAAGAGGAGACACUGAGCAUUAGUGACUCCCAGAUUAGUAGCUCAGAAUUUCUCCAUAUAGUGGAGGUCCAUAAUCAUGAACCGUGUGCACAGCUAUUUAGCUUUUAUGACUACGCAGGUAAAGUCAAUGAAGAAAAUCUCAACCGAAUCCUCAAAGACAGAAGAAAAAACGUUAUUGGUUGGUACCGGUUCCGCAGAAACACACAGCAGCAGAUGUCGUUCAGGGAGCAGGUGAUCCAUAAGCAGCUGACAAACAUACUGGGAAUCCCAGAUCUCGUCUUCCUUCUCUUCAGCUUCAUCUCAACAGCUAACAGUUCAACACAUGCACUGGAAUAUGUUCUAUUCAGACCUAACAAAAGCAGGUAUAAUCAGAGGAUAUCUCUGAGCAUCCCAAAUCUGGGUAACACCAGUCAGCAGGAGUAUAAAGUCUCUUCUGUACCCAACACCUCCAAAAAUUACGCCAGUGUUAUUAAAGAACAUGGGGCUGAGUUCUUCGACAAAGAUGGUGUGAUGAAAGAUAUUCGAGCUAUUUUUCAGGUGUACAGUGCCCUGCAGGAGAAAGUACAGGCUGUUUGUGCCGAGGUGGAUCAGAGCGAACGAGUAAAGGAAAAAAUUCAAGAGGAAGUCAACAAGCUGAAAGAGGAGAUUGCUCUCAGGAAACGCAGCACAGCUGCUGAGGAGAAAAGACACCUGGAGUCACAGAAUGCUGACACCCACUCACCUCAGGACAACUUGGUUCCAUCCCCUCUAUCACUGACAUGUGUGGCUCUCCAGAGUCCUCCACUGGAGGCUGGUCUGGACUGGCAUGCAAACUCCUCAACUGCAUCCCUCUACGCUAACAAUCUGGCACCGGAGCCACCUAGUGCCAUCCUUCUACCCCGUCCUCAGGCUGUGGGCUCACCUGGACACCCCUCCCCCAGCCCAGGCUUGGGCAAUGGAGAUGGCUCCAGCUCUGACUCGCUGAACCGGCACACCAUCGGCCAGGAGGACCAGGAAGAUGAAGACGAGAAUGAUGAAGAUGAUUCUAGUAGUGAAUAUGAAAACUUUGUUAGCGAGCAGUUUCAAUCCCCCCCUUUGACUGAACCUGUUUCUUUAGGACGACCGGCCACACUCUGGCCGGACGGAGAUGCACAGAGUUCCACCGGCUCAUCCUGAUCCUGUACGCAGUGGGACUAAUGGACACGGCUAGGCUUAAUGAGAAAAGAGAAAGGAGGUAAUAGAAAGAAUGGUGGAUCAUGCUGGGGACUGCAGCAGGGGAGGUCCGUCAUUAUAGCACGCUCCCUCCUUCUUUUUCUCACUUUUCUUUCUUGUCGAGAGAAGAGGCGCUAUCCUGCUUAUCAAUUAAAUACUGGUUCUGCUACCAACCUACAGUAGAUCAUACAGUUAUUACAGCAUUUACCUCUUGCACUAUUUUGGCCUUCAUUUGUUCUGUAUCCAAUUAGAAAAUGCAAUGGGAACAAUGUCUCUAGCGGCCUUCAAACACAUCUACAUGUCUGAUUUUGUUUGUUUCUUUUUUUAGGUGUUUAAGCCUUUAUCUCAAGCUAGGCCUGUGCAAAUAUAGAUUUUUCCCAGCACAAUAUUUCCCAAAGAACAAAAAUUACUAAUAAUGAAUUAAUAUAGAUAAUGAUCAUAAUAAUAGGGUCAUAAUAGAGAUUUGGAAACAAUAUAAAUAUUUUUUAUAAAGCAUUAAAUGGUUUUUAUAUUUAUUCAAUGAUAGCAUACAUCAGUGUUUGAGAAGGUCUAAAAAUCAUUUAUAGGCCUUUCAUUUUGGAGAUCAUACUCAAUGCUAGCAAAAAAAAUUUAAAUGAACAUGUAUUAUACUAUUAAAAAGGGGAUAAAGUGAAAUUUACUGAAGCAUAGUGGUGCAGUAGGUAGUGUCCUUGCCUCACAGUGAACGGGGACCUUGAUUCGAUCUUACCCAGUCUUUCCAGAGUAAGCUCCAGUACCGUUGCAACACUGAGCUGAAACACACAUACCCAAAUGGAGAAAAGGAAUAAUAAAGUCCCAGACCAAAAGAAAACCAUAGAAAUACAAUGUCCUGCCAAAUCUGGAACCUGUCAUAUGUGGACUGUAGUCGAUUUGUGAUGCCAUCUCUUCACAAAUUUUCUACAUUUGUUGUGCUGCUGUAUACUAGUAGUACGCAUCGCAGCUCUGACUAAAUGUUGGUCCUGGUUCUUGAAAUCACUAGGAUGCUGGCUAGGUUUUUUAUCAAGUCUAAGAAACUUGCAGUAUGUAAAAUUAUCUGAUUUUUCUUGUUUUAUAAGAAGUUGCCCUAAAAGCAUAAAAUAACAAUUUAAUAUAAAAAGCAUUGCAGAUUAAUGCAGUAAACAUUUUAAUCCUAGACACUACUCAAAAAUUGUAGAAUGUGUAUUGACUUGCCCUUUCAAGUUCAAGUUAGUUGCUUGCAAUAACAUAUUUUGACCAGAGAGGUCUCCAAAUUCACAGUUUCACACUGCAGCUUUAACAAAAGAGCUGUUUCAUCUUUGGAAAUUGAUUAUUAAAAUGCUAUAUUGCACAAGCCUAUCUUCAAACCACAAAAGCUGAACUUUCUUUCUCCGGCAACCAGUGUUUCCUUUUUCAUCCUGCAAUGGUCUUUAUAACACCCACCAAAAACUGAUAUUCUGGCCAUUUCUGUAAGAGGUGCUUAUAUUACUUUUGCAAAUUAUUAAUGGCACUUGAUGACAUGAUUUAAACAGAACAAAUCUCUUUGAAGAAAGAGCAGGUGAUUUUUAUGUUUGCUGCACUUUUGAUUGUACUUUAUAAGAACCUUAUCAUAUGGUUGGAGUAAAAGUCUCUUCCAUGCCA